AUAUGGAUUAAUUAGUACAGCUUUUAUUGCGUCUUUGUCAGUGGUGGACUUGCGUGUUAUUGAUACACGAGUAGCAGUUUUUGAGACACCGCCUUAAAGAAAGCCUCAUUUAUCUCAAUGCACCUCUCAAGGUUGCUUGUGUCGUCUCCUUUUAACUCACACAGGCAGGUGUUGCUGGCUAUAAGCGUUGUGUUCUUGUGUCAGAGUGACUAAUUUAAUUCUGUGUCCUCGUGAAGGUCGAGCUUCGUAAGGAGUUCCAGGCGCAGGAAGUGGCAUUGCAGCGUUCACUGUCCAAGCUGAGGAGUGAGCUUCAGAAAGCUCAGGAGGAGGCCAGAGAGAACCGCGACAAGACCAACAGACUGCAGACGUCACUGGCCAACGCAGAGGGAACCAUCAAGGUGUGUGGGAACCUUCACAAGCAGCUGGAAGAGGCAAUCCAGGACGGAGAGAUCUGGGUGAUGCAGCUAAAGGACACCGAGUAUGAACUAGAGAGCAGCAGGGAACGAGUUCAGCAGCAGGCUACUGAAAUCCUGCACAAAGCCAGUCAGAUCGGCUCCUUGCAGGCAACCCAGAUGGCCCACGAGGCGACCAUCAGGAACUUGGACCAGGAGCAGAGCCGCCUCAAGGAGAAGAUCAGCAGGCUGGAGGAGGAGAGGGAGGUUCUGCUCAGCCAGAGCCAGACCGCCAACGACCAGCACAAACAACAAGUGCUCAAACUGGAACAGUCUCUGCGCGAGGAACACCAGGGCUAUGAGAAGGAGCUCUCCAGGUUGAGAGCGCACUAUGAGGAGGAGACACUUCGCUUCAAGGAGGCGCAGGUCAGAGCAUUGGAGGAGCUCGAGGAGAAACACCAGGUGAUGAGAGAGGAAGCCCAGCAAGAGAAAGAGGAGGAGAAGAAACUCCUCAUCACGAAAAUGAGCCAGGAGUUUGAGAUUAAACGGCUGUCAUUAGAGGAGCAGAGAGAUCGCCUCCAGCAGCAACUCGACAACUUGAAAGAGGAGCUUUCGGCCAAACUCAACAUGGCCAAUCAGGAAGUGUCCCACCUUCAGGAGCUGGUGAGAGAGGGGGAACAGAACCUGAAUUCAGCUCAGAUGCAGAUUACCUGUCUGAAGGAAACUCAGGAGAAACUCAAGAUAGAGCUAGACGCGACUCGAGCCCGCGUCCGAGAGACGAGCAACCUGCUGACUGACCUACAGGAAGAGAUUGAAACCCAGAAGCAGCAGCAUGAGGCCAGAGUGAUGUCCAUCAGAACAGAGGAGAAGCAGAAGAUGGACAAGAUGGCAGAUGACUUGGAUCGGAAAUGGAGAGAUGCACUGCGGGAAGAAGUGCGUUUGCUAAAGGAGGAGUUGACCGAGGAGUAUGAAGCAGACAAACAGGCGGCCAUGACUCAGCUCUCCCAGCAAAAAGAGCUGGAGAUGAUGGCAGCGAGGGAGGGCUGGCAGAGGAAGGUCGAAGACCUGCUGGAGCAGAUCUCUCUGCUGAAACAGUCCCUGGAGCUGCAGCUGUCUCAGUCUCAGUCAGCUCUCCAACAGCUGCAGUCUCAGUUCAACCAGGAGAGAGAGCUCCUGAGCCAACAGCUCAAAGAGAUGCAGAGAGAACAUCAGAGGAGAGAGCAUCGAUUACAGGAGGCUCACUGCUGUGCCCUCAGCACCAUGGAGGAAGCCAGGCAGCACCAGAUAAGAGCCCUCGAGGAACGUCUAAAGCAGGAGCAGCGGGAGGAGGUUCACGCUUUGAAGGAGGCCCACAGGAGGACUUUAGAAAUCCUCAGACAGCAGUCGGACCAGGAGCUGCAGACACUGCGAUUUGAAUUGGAGGACGAGGGGAAAGCAAAGCUGGCCUCUCUUCGUGCAGAACUGAACCACCUCCACGCGACAGCCAUCGAGCAUCUGAAGCAAAUCCACCUCAAAGAACACGCUGCCACCAAACGAGAGCUAGAGAAAGCCAUGGAGCACAGCCAAAAGCAGGAACAAGAUCUCUUAAUUCGUAUCUCAGACCUGCAAGCGGAGCUGUGUUCCCGUAGCAACCGUAUCACCGAUCUGGACCAUGAGAUUCACUCUCUGAACGAGACCAUCGACACGCUAACCAGAGAGCUGGAGCUGAAGGGCAAAGAGGUGCUGCGGGUCCGCAGCGAAGCUAACCAUCAGAUAAGAGCUCAUGAACAAGACCUUGCAAAGAGACACGAGCGAGAGAUGGGGGAGCUCAAUGCAAUCCAUCAGAGAGAAACACAAAUCAUGCUGGCUGACUUCAACAAGGCCCAGGAGGUCCUCAAAGACAAGAUUUCUGCUCUACAAAUACUGUUGGAGGGCACAGAGGAGAAGUUAAGAAACAGAGAAAGCCGACCAGAAGACCUGCAUGUGAUCGCAGAGCUCAGAGAGAUGGUGACUGAAAGAGAAGCUCUGGUCAAAAAGCUGGUGGAUGACAAGAAGUUCUACCAGCUGGAGUUGGUCAACCGAGAGACGGGAUUCAACAAGGUCUUUAACUCCAGUGCCAAUGUCGGUGUCAUCAACCCUCUUAUUAAGUCAAAAACAGGCAGCCAAUCAGAUCACCGCUUCACCAGCUUUCCUAGCCAUUCAGCUCUCCGAUUCGUCAGCCCUCCCACCAUGACUCAUGAAGGACAGGAAGAGGAGGGACGGGAGGUGGAGGAGCCUUCCUGAAGCCAACUCUGCGACACCAUCGGACCCUGCGCGGAUGAAUCCAG